AUGGCGGGGAGGGGCGUGAUGUACGCAAAGAUGGGGGCAGUAAUGCUCAAGACUAACCAUGGUAACCACCACAGUGUCACCCCAUCAGAAGGCGAACUGUUCAAACGCUUCAACCCCGAGCUGCAAAAGAAGAACCUCGAGAUGCGCGACCAGCGGAUACAGAACCACGAGGAGUUCAUCACGCAAUUGAAAGAAUAUAGCAAGUCCGACAAGCCCAUCUGGGUGGCUGCCGCAGAAGCGCAAGAAAAGGCUCGAGAGCAGCUGAUCAAGAGACAAGUUGAGGAGCAGGCGGUCCAGAAUACAAUGCGUCAAGAGAUGAGAGCCCAAGCUCAAGGGAAAUGA